AUGCCCGCGAAUGACUGUGUUCUGAUGGACAAGAUUAUUGAGGGAGAUGGGAAAACUAUCCCACGCAAAGGCAGCAUUGUGACCCUUGAUUAUGUUGGUUUUUUGCCAGAUGGUAGAAAGUUUGACUCCACUAUUGAGCGUGGAAGGCCAUUUGUUUUUCGUGUGGGUUGUGGGGAGGUUAUAAAGGGAUGGGACGAAGGAAUUGUGCAGAUGUCAAAAGGAGAGCGAAGCCGACUCACCAUGCCCCCCACUUUGGCUUUUGGUUCCACCGGAUUCCCUGGUAUGAUUCCUCCUGACACCACCAUCGUAUUUGAAGUGACACUAUUGGAUGUAGCUUAG